AUGAAUCAACAAAUAACAGACCUCCUUUCUUGUGGUGAGGAAGUCACCGACGUCGAUGAGGAGUCCUUUUUACUCUUCAGCCAAGAUAUCCCCACUGGAAACCUAGGCUUCAUCGACUCACACGCCACAACCCUAGAAGUGACAAUACAAGGUGCCGAAUAUUCAAUCACUCAAUCUCCAACUUUACUCUCUUCCUCUCGUGCUGGAGGGACAACAGGUGCUGUACUAUGGAAGAUAACGCCCCUCUUCACAGACUGGAUCUCAACACCAUCAAAUCCUCUCUGGACAACCAAUCUCCUAUCAUCUGAAUCAGUGGUCGUUGAGCUUGGAUGUGGAAUCUCAGCUCUUGUAGCCCUGGCCUUGGCUCCGAGCGUACAGUAUUUUCUCGCAACUGACCAAGAGUAUGUGCGACGAUUAUUCCGCACAAACCUGUCAGUUAACAAUUCUGUCUCUUCCAACUCGAAAAAAUCUGGAGGGGUAAAGCGAGGCGGCAAGUCAUCUAAAAAGCUUUCGUCGCCGUCGCAGUCGCACCAUAUCUCAAAUGUUACCCUCACCACGCUGGACUGGGAGUUGGAUCAACCCGGAUUGUUGCGGGAUUGUAUCCCAGAGUUGGGUGAUUUCCGUAGAGGGGAUGAAGACAAAGAUCGCGGAUUUGAUCUUCUGCUUUCUUGUGACUGUAUUUACAACGAGGCUCUCGUCAAGCCGUUUGUGCGGACGUGUACUGAGAUCUGUCGGUUACGUCCUGCCUAUGAGCCUUCCAAAGAGAUCGGGUCUCGUCGACCGACUAUCUGCAUCGUUGCGCAGCAGCAGCGGAUGCCGGAUGUGUUUGAGGCUUGGUUACAGGAGACUCUGAGAGAAUUUCGGGUUUGGAGGAUUAGUGAUGAGGUAUUAGGUCCUGGGCUUAAAACUGGAACGGGAUACCUGGUACACUUGCUGUUGUUGAGAGAGAAGUAA